UUCUCAUAUAGGUAAAUUACUAAGCUCAGUUGUAAACCAAACACCUAUUGUUGAAUAAAUCACAGCUAAACUUAUUGUCAUUAACACAAGAUGAGUCACAUAGGCCUAAAAGGCCAAAAUGUUCUGGACUUGAGAGAUAUUGAACCUCAAUGUCACUAAAGUCAAUUCUAAAAAUUCUGAAGAUUUUUCAGCCCUCUGGAGGGAAGAAGGUUCAGGAGGGGGUGCAAACUUGUACCCCCCUUUCCUGUUAAACCAGGAUGCAUGUAUAUAUGAGGGUUUGGUAUAUAUUUUGGGAUGAUCAACACAUCGUUUUUUUUUGUUGAAGGAUCUGGAAUGGAUUUUGGACUAUAGUGUGCACGCUAAAUUAUUAAUCUAAAAAUCAGUAAAGUUUUAUAGCUGUACUUCUCAGUCUCUUGGUAAUAAUAACAUCUGUGUAAACAUCUUUUUUUAUUUUUCAUAUAGGCAAAUUACUAAGCUCAGCUGUAAAUUGAACAUCUAUCGUUGGAAAAAAAAUCACAACUAAACUGAUUGACAUUAACACAAGAUGAGCCAAAGCAGAGAAAAUGUGUAUCCGUGCUCUGAGUGCCAGAAGAUAUUUACUUCUAAAUCCAAUCUCAAUGUUCAUCUGAGAAUUCACACUGGAGAGAGGCCAUAUAAAUGUUCAGAAUGUGACAAGUCCUUUUUACAAAGUAAUUAUCUUGCUAAACACCUGAGAAUUCACACAGGAGAGAAACCAUUUAAAUGUUCAGAAUGUGGCAAGUGCUUCUCACAUAGUUCUGAUCUUACUCAACACCUGAGAAUUCACACAGGAGAGAAACCAUUUAAAUGUUCAGAAUGUGGAAAGUGCUUCUCAGAACAUGGUAAUCUUACUCAACACCAGAAGAUUCACACAGGAGAGAAACCAUUUAAAUGUUCAGAAUGUGGCAAGUGCUUCUCUUUAAAGUCAAAUCUUGUUACACACCAGAGAAUUCACACUGGAGAAAAAACAUUUAAAUGUUCAGAAUGUGGCAAGUGCUUUUCAGUUAAAUCUCAUUUUAAUGUUCAUAAAAGGAUUCACACCGGAGAGAAACCAUUUAAAUGUAUAGAAUGUGGAAAGUGCUUCUCAGUAGGUUCUAAUCUUAAUGUGCAUAAGAGGAUUCACACAGGAGAGAAACCAUUUAAAUGUUUGGAAUGUGGUAAGUGCUUCUCAGAAGGUUCUAGUCUUACCAUACACCAGAGAAUUCACACAGGAGAAAAACCAUUUAAAUGCUCAGAAUGUGGCAAGUGCUUCUCACAAGGUUCUAUUCUUAAUACACAUAAAAGGAUUCACACAGGAGAAAAUUUGUAUCCGUGCUCUGAGUGCCAGAAGAUAUUUACUUCUAAGUCCAAUCUCAAUGUUCAUCUGAGAAUUCACACCGGAGAGAGGCCAUAUAAAUGUUCAGAAUGUGACAAAUCCUUCUUAAAAAGGGAUCUUCUUGCUAAACACCUGAGAAUUCACACAGGAGAGAAACCGUUUAAUUGUUCAGAAUGUGGCAAGUGCUUCUCACAAAAUGGUAAUCUUACUCAACACCAGAAGAUUCACACAGGAGAGAAACCAUUUAAGUGUUCAGAAUGUGGAAAGUGCUUCUUGUAUAGUUCUGCUCUUACUAAACACCAGAAGAUUCACACAGGAGAGAAACCAUUUAAGUGUUCAGAAUGUGGAAAGUGCUUCUCAUAUAUUUCUGAUCUUACUAAUCACCAGAAGAUUCACACAGGAGAGAAACCAUUUAAAUGCUCAGAAUGUGGCAAGUGCUUCUCACAAAAUGGUAAUCUUACUCAACACCAGAAGAUUCACACAGGAGAGAAACCAUUUAAGUGUUCAGAAUGUGGAAAGUGCUUCUCAUAUAGUUCUGCUCUUACUAAACACCAGAAGAUUCACACAGGAGAGAAACCAUUUAAGUGUUCAGAAUGUGGAAAGUGCUUCUCAGAAAAUGGUAAUCUUACUCAACACCAGAAAACUCACACAGGAGAGAAACCAUUUAAGUGUUCAGAAUGUGGCAAGUGCUUCUCAGAAGGUUCUAGUCUUACAAGACAUCACAGAAAUCACACAGGAGAAAAAACCUUUCAAUGCUCAGAGUGUGAAAUAUGCUUCUCUGAUGGUUCUACACUUAGUAUGCAUAAGAGAAUUCACACAGGAGAAAGUCCAUUCAAAUGUUCAGAAUGUGACAAGUCCUUCUCUUUAAAGUCAAGUCUUGUUACACACCAAAGAAUUCACACUGGAGAAAAAACAUUUAAAUGUUCAGAAUGUGGCAAGUGCUUUUCAGAUAAUUCUCAUUUUAAUGUUCAUAAAAGGAUUCACACCGGAGAGAAAUCAUUUAAAUGUUUAGAAUGUGGAAAGUGCUUCUCAGUAGGUUCUAAACUUAAUAUGCAUAAGAGGAUUCACACAGGAGAGAAACCAUUUAAAUGUUCAGAAUGUGGAAAGUGCUUCUCAGAAAAUGGCAAUCUUACUCAACACCAGAAGAUUCACACAGGAGAGAAACCAUUUAAAUGUUUAGAAUGUGGAAAGUGCUUCUCAGAAGGUUCUAGUCUUACCAUACAUCAGAGAAUUCACACAGGAGAAAAACCAUUUAAAUGCUCAGAAUGUGGCAAGUGCUUCUCACAAAAUGGUAAUCUUACUCAACACCAGAAGAUUCACACAGGAGAGAAACCAUUUAAGUGUUCAGAAUGUGGAAAGUGCUUCUCAUAUAGUUCUGCUCUUACUAAACACCAGAAGAUUCACACAGGAGAGAAAUCAUUUAAGUGUUCAGAAUGUGGAAAAUGCUUCUCAGAAAAUGGUAAUCUUACUCAACACCAGAAAACUCACACAGGAGAGAAACCAUUUAAGUGUUCAGAAUGUGGCAAGUGCUUCUCACAAGGUUCUAUUCUUAAUACACAUAAAAGGAUUCACACAAGAGAGAAAUCAUUUAAAUGA